GUUUUAAAAUAUGAAAUGACAUUAUUAAUUCUGACAUAAUUGUCAGUGACAUAUUAUGUUGUCACUAUUAUGAUAUUUUAUCAAAUUCAUUAAACUUUUUUUUAUUUUUUUUUAUAUUUUUAAUGUUUGUUUUUAAAAAAUCAUGACCGAAGAAUCUCAAAAAAUCUAUCUGGAAGCCACUGGUACGAAACACCCAGUUUUAGACGAUGAGAAACUGCAAAGAGUAGUAGAGUUAGAAGGCCGAAUUAAAAACGAAACUCAUGUGGAUGAAAAAUCGCUAGAUAGCAAAGAAAUAUCUGGAGAUGCCAAAACUAGUGAACCUCCGGAUGGAUUUGAUCCACUCAAAUCCAUAUCUUUUUCGUUUAUGGAAGCUCCUGCUUACGAUUUCCCCAGAAGAGUUUUGCUGUCGGUAGACAGAGAUGAUGAUAUUUCUGGAUUGUUUGACAAUUUAGAUGACGAUAAAGACGCAGAUCAAAGUGCGGAAGAGAGUUUGACUGAGGAGGAGUACAGAUAUGAGGAACAAAAACGACCUCGUCAAUCUAUUGUAUCUUAUACAUUAAAAUAUGAUUUUGAUAGGAGAUAUGAAGAUUCUCUAGAUGAGCAUAGAUUUAAGGAAGCAUUAACUUAUGAAAUGAAGAUACCCUCGCUAGGAAUGGAGAUGUGGGAGGAAGAAGAAGAAGAAAAAGAAGAAGAGGUAGAAGAAUCAGUCAUUAGCGAAGAAUCAGAAUCUUCUCUUCCUAGAUCAGUCCAUGUAGAGCGAUAUCAUCUUAUUGCAAAACAAUUGAAUCGCUCGAAAGUCGUUAACUUAGUUUUGGAGAGGAAACUUGCGUUAUAUUUUAGACGAAGAAAGAUGCCUUACGUUUUCGUGCCGGAGGACCUUCCAGACUUGGCGAUUAAAAGGUACAAGCGUGUUUUAGACAAUUUAGAUUAUGUUUGCACGAAUGCUACGAGACAACGAGAAAAUAUUAUUAAUGAACUUAGCCGACUUAGACAAACGAAAAAGGAAAAAAGCGUUCAUCUGCAUCAGAUGUUUUCCGAACUUCAGGCGCGAGAAAAAGAAAUUGGACAUGGUUUGAUUAAUACGAAAACAGGAAAAGAAAUGCCAGAUGGGUAUGUUGACCACCAGCUCAGUCGCCAGAAGAAAGAUAUGGAAGAAAAGUACAAAUUGGUGGUAAAAUGGAUUCGCUUAACGAAGAUGGUGAGUGAAAAAGAAAACGCUAUAAAAGCUGUGGACAAAGUAGAUGAAGGCCAUUACUUAUCCCACUUUGUAAAACUAAAAGCAGAAAAUCGAUUGCGUGCGGAUAAAAUUGAAGAGCAGGAAGUAGAGUUGAUGAAGUACAGAAAGAAGUCUGAAGAAACUAUUCAGAUUUUAGCUCAUAUCCGGGAAAAAAUCGGCGCAUUUCGUUCGGAUAUUCAAGACGCCAUCGAAGAAAAUUCCUUCUUGGAAAGAAAUAAAGAGGUAAUACGGGGUAGCCUCAACGACACAAAACAUGAAAGAGACCGAUAUAGACAGUUAAGAACGAAAUUGGAGGAAGAGUCUGGUUUGUUGCCACAUCCCCAUUUGGUGGCAGAUAUGAAAGAGUCCCAGCAAGAAUUCGAGGAGCUGAAGAAAGAAUUAAAAUAUUUGAGGGAAGGAUACAGAUUGAGCAUGAAUCAGACAAAAAAUAUUAGACAAAAGUUAAAGGACCGGGAAGAAAUUAUAGCAGCAAGGGAAUCGAGACUGAUGAGUAAGAAAAAGACAAAAUUUCCUUUAUCUACUUCUUCAUUUUAUCGGAAACCAGGCUUUUUUCAACCUACCCUUCCCCAAAACGCCAUGAAGGAUGUUUUAACAGACUUUAAAAUCAACAUUACCAAAAUUCAGUACCCAGCAGAUUCUUCGGUUAAAGUACUAAAAUCCAAGGGGUCAAGAAUUAACCGAUAAAAUUUUGUAUAAUAAAAUUGUAUUUUAGUAUGAAAUUAUAUUAUAGCUUUUCUAAAAUGUAUCCAGUAAUAUAAUGUGAUCUGUUAA